AUGGCGGGGCGGGGCAGGAGCGAGGUGCGGGGGGCGCGCGGCGGUGGCAGCGGUGGCGGCGGCAGUGGCGGCGGCGGGGGGCGUGUGCGCGCGGGCGCGGCGCUGGGAUCAGCGCCCCGCGGGGGUGGCCUUCUCCAUGCCUCUCGCUGCGGCAGGACGCGCGAAGGGGAAGCGGCGCAGGGGCUCGGCGGAGGCGGCCAGGCUCCCGGCUUACCUGCGGUGCCUGCAAUCAGUGGAGACAGCAGACACCGCGGCUCAGUGGACAUCGGAAGAAACCGAGUGGGGGGCGCUGGGAUGUCUCCACGUCCCCCGAGCUGA